AUGUCUGGUGGCAAGUCUGGUGGUAAGGCCGGUGACGCCUCGUCGGUCAAGACUCAAUCGCGCUCGGCCAAGGCCGGUCUUCAGUUCCCAGUGGGUCGUAUUCACCGUCUCCUUCGUAAGGGCAACUACGCGCAACGUAUCGGUGCUGGUGCGCCAGUGUACCUGGCUGCCGUGCUCGAGUAUCUAACUGCUGAAAUUCUCGAGUUGGCUGGUAACGCUGCUCGUGACAACAAGAAGUCGCGUAUCAUUCCUCGUCACUUGCAGCUCGCAAUUCGUAACGAUGAGGAACUGAACAAGCUCCUUGGCGGUGUAACGAUCAGUCAGGGUGGUGUUUUGCCGUUCAUCCAGAGCGAACUCCUUCCUGCAAAGAGCGGCAAGUCAAAGAAAGCCAUGGGCUCGCAGGAGAUUUAA